AUGUACAGUGGUGAAGGGGAGCCACAUCUUACUGAAAAAAUUGUAGGGUGUCCAUUGGAAUGUGGGAAUGUGUACUGUUCCAAAAAGUGCCGCGAUGCCGACCAAAACGAGCACGGCCACUCUCUGUUGUGCGUAGGGCAAAUAGACUCUCUUGAUCAUCCCUUGUACCAAUUCAAGGUUCAUUCGCUGACAACACAGGAGGAAUUCCUAUUAGCAGCCAAGGCACUGGCCGUGAUGAUGGGUGUGCUAUGGGCAGCUGACGAAGAUGAGCAAGGCGGCACUCUCGCGCAGAGUCUGUUGAAACCCUACGCACACUUCCAGUCGGGCGUUUGGUGGGACUUAGCUGGCGGACAAGAAAUGGCGGGAGUUCUGCAAGCCCAGGCAACCGAAGCCUUCCAGCUGCUACAGGCUGCCUGGAGUGACCUGGGCCACUUACCAGAGAACACACAUGGUAUCAUGUCCAUGGACACCUUCAAUCGCCUACUGUCCAUCUUCCACCUGAACAAUGUGGGAGUGAGGCGAGUGUCGCCGAUUAGUCGGUAUAUGAAGAUGCCACCCUUCUACCUGUACCGAAACAAGUCUCUUGUAUACUACGAACAGAUAGCAUCACAGCUAUCAGACGCGGCAACCCAAGACGAGAUAUUUGAUACGUUGAUGUCACACGUGGACCCUAUUCUGAUGGGGGACGGGUGUGACGACAGCGACUGUGACGACAGCGACUGUGACGACCGGGAGAGCGAGAGUGAGAGUGAGAGCGAGGGGGAAGCCUCGAGUGAAAGCGGGAUGGAAAGCGGGACCACAAGCAAGCCCGAGAUACCGGACAACAGCGGUACAGAUAGUGCGAUUGAGCCGAGUGCUUGUAACGACGCUAAUGACGGAGACGUAGAAGAAGAAGAAGAAGAACAACAACAACAACAACAACAACAACAAGGAGAAGAAGGAGAAGAAGAAGAUGAUGAUGAUGAAGAAGAAGAGGAAGUGACGGCUGCGAUGACACUGGGCGAUUGGGGAGAUGCGGACAUCGAGGCGGGCGAGAGUCUGUUCCCAAUGUUCGAUGGGUGUGGACUGUUCCCUCUGAUAUCUGCCAUUAACCAUUCGUGUGAGCCCAACUGUAAGGUUACGUACGGUACCACCGGACGCGGCAAACUCGCACUCGAGCUGCGGAGCUUGUGUUCUAUAAAUAGCGAUACGGAGAUCACUAUCAGCUACACAGCAACAGAUCUGCCUGCCGAAGAACGACAGGAAAUACUGGGCAAGUACGGGUUCAGGUGUAAUUGUACUAAGUGUCAACGAGGCGAUUAG